CUUUACUUGCUUACUGGCGUAAAUGUGGCGUCACAAGCACUUGUUCGAAAAACCAUGUAGACGAUAAUGUCGACACGAGAGGAACUCACGAGAGGACUUUUAAAUGAACAGUGUGUGUGUUUUCAAUUUUGGAAUAGACCACCGAGAUAAACAAUGGUCAUGGCAGAGAGAUCCAAGGGACAAGUGCGUGUGGGAUUUUAUGAUAUAGAACGCACGAUAGGAAAAGGGAACUUUGCCAUUGUGAAAUUAGCAAAACAUAGAAUAACAAAAUCAGAGGUUGCAAUCAAAAUUAUAGACAAGACCAGGCUAGAUGAGUCAAAUCUGAAGAAAGUCUACAGGGAGGUGACAAUAAUGAAGUUGCUGAAUCAUCAACAUAUCAUCAAGUUAUAUCAGGUGAUGGAAACAAAGAACAUGCUGUACCUUGUGUCGGAGUAUGCCCCUAAUGGGGAGAUCUUUGACUACAUAGCGCAGCAUGGCCGCAUGACCGAGAGCGAGGCACGGAAGAAGUUCUGGCAGAUAUUGAAUGCCGUCGAGUAUUGCCAUAAGAAUCACGUUGUGCACAGAGACCUCAAGGCAGAAAAUCUUCUUCUGGAUAAUAACAUGAACAUCAAAAUUGCAGAUUUUGGGUUCGGCAAUUUCUACACGGGUAAGGAGCCCCUGGCCACAUGGUGUGGAAGCCCACCAUAUGCAGCACCAGAGGUGUUUGAGGGCAAGAAAUACCUGGGACCCCAGAUUGAUAUAUGGAGUCUUGGGGUGGUGCUAUACGUCCUGGUGUGCGGGGCUCUGCCAUUUGAUGGACCCAACCUUCAGGUGCUGCGUGUGCGGGUGCUGUCCGGCAGGUUCAGGAUUCCUUUCUUCAUGUCACAAGAGUGUGAGAACCUGAUCCGGCGCAUGCUGGUGCUGGAGCCGAGCAAGCGCUUCACAAUCUCUCAGAUCAAGAAGCACACCUGGAUGCAGGCGGAGGGGGGCGUUGCCCGGGCGGCCCCGCCCAGCCCCCUUAUGGGGUACAGCAGCAAGGUGGGGGAACACAAUGAGCAGAUCCUGCGACUGAUGCAGAGCCUCGGCAUCAAUCAGCAGAAGACAGUCGAGGCCCUUAAGAACGACGCCUAUGACCACUACACUGCCAUAUACUACUUGCUACUGGAGAGGCUUCGGGCCCACCGCAGCAGUUUCCCCAUAGAUAAUCCCAUCAACUGCCAAAAACGUCGACCAAGCUCGAUUGCCGAGCAGGUCAUGAUGCGGGUCGGUCCGAACCAUCCGCCCACGUCACAGGGCAUGCUGGGAAUGAAGCAGUUCGGUCAGUCCACCGACAGCGGCAUGGGGCAUAGGGACAGUGUGUCUAGCGAACUGGAAGCCAUAGGGGUGGGUGGGGUAAACAUGUGCCUUCAAGACCUUUUGCAAGCCCAGUUGGGCAGUGGGGCUCUACCCAGCAAUGUGAUCACCACCUCAAUAGACGAGGGAGUGGAGGCUGACAUUAUGGACAGCCGGGAUGACAUCGUCACCCAUAAGGGACAGAAUUUUGUGCGCGACGGAUAUGGACUUGGUUUGAUGCCAAGUUCGGCAUUCGGAGAUUUUUCUCAGUUGAGUAACUCUAGUUUAAUCUCCGUAGGUACCAGUUCCCCUUUCGCCAGCUUUGAUUUGUCGCUGGAAUCCGAUCUAGUCUCUAGUCUCAGCGGGUUUCAUGCGGACACGGGCACAUUCAGUGUGGUCAGUGGACAGAAUGCCCUGCUCAGUGGUUAUAAUGGUGCUCUAAAUACUGGACUCAACUCAAUGGCAAUGCAACCAGAGUGCGGUGGCAAUCCACCAUUGGACCGAAGCCAAAACACGUCCCCCGUGGACUUUAGAGAAGGGAGACGUGCCUCGGACGGUCUGGCAGCGCAGGGUAUCAUAGCCUUCAGGCAGAAGUUGAAAGAGAGCAUGAAGUGCCCUGGGAUGUCAGAGCUACGUCCGGACCAUCAACAGGUGCACAAUGUGUACGGCAUGCGGAUGGCGCCCAGCAGUCUGCUGCAGGACCACACGGAGGAGACCCAGGAACAGCUGGACAGCAGGGGAACCGGAGAAACCUCCGAGAAACAUCGGCCCCGACCGCUAAUGAAACGCAUGAGUCUGCCUUCCGAGCCCACCGACAUGCAGCCCCACAGGCUACUGGCCCUCAAACAGUGCCACCAGCUGGAGAAGCAGAUGGUGGACCGCGUUGCUAGUCAGAGUCAGGACAGUGUUCAGCAGCCAGUGUUUGUGGACUCGUCCAAACCGCUGCAACAGCAGCUGCUUCAGCACCGGUUGCAGCAGAAGCGUCAGUCGUACCACCAGAAGCAGGCCGGUAACCUUGGCAACCCCCAGCAUGGUAACUCCCAGCUUCACCAGCAGUUGCAGCAGCUGCAGUUAGACGCCCAGCAGUCUUUCUAUCAGCAGGCCAUCUCCUCUAGUCACCAGUCCAGCCCCUGUGAGCGGAGCUAUUGCGGGGAUGGCUACCCAGCGCACAUGGGUGGGAUGGACGUCCUGAACUCUCUAGUCUACAACCAGACUGAUCCUAGUCAAAUGGGGCGAGUGCAGCAGCCGCAGAUCAUUCGUAAGAUUUCCUACAAGUUGGCACAGCAGCAGCCAGUUUUGCCGGAGUGUUCAGACACUGAACUGUUACCCUGGCAACGAGCGAUUAUCAAACAGGAGCAGUGUCAAAACGGUCACAGUGCGGACAGUUACGGGGGCAUUCAGUCCGGCCAUAUGGGAAUUGGUGGCCGUAGGUCAGGCUGUGUUAACUUUCUUCCAAAUGCAAACUUUCAAAAGCAGACUAUUCAAAAUCAGCCGAUAUCGGAACUGGAAGAUGGAAGUCAGGCGUAUAUAUACGACAUCGAUUGCACGGAUAUGGACACCGGUGGGGAUCACGCGUUUUCGCUUGAUGAUUACGUUCAGGACGAUAUGUAUUCUUGUCAGACACCUUCUAACUUGCAACAGGGUUACGGGGACAUGAAUAAAAUGGGAAUGAUGGGUGACUGUGAUAGCUAUUUCUUUAAUCCAAUGUCACAGCAAUCAGCCUUCAAUAUGGCGGCCAUGACAUCAGAGGAGCUAAACAUGGACAUGUCCUAACUCGUGUCCAGGAGUUGUUGUUUAUCAAUUUAGGAUAUGUUCUUAGGAUUUAGAUAUUUGUAUUGAAAUUGUAAGUUUUGUCUUAGUAACACAGGGAGAUAAUCAGUUAAAUGAUGUUAUAAAUGAGCAGCAGAGGAAGAUAAACAUUGUAUGUACAUUUGUUAUUGACAUAAGGAGGGUACAAGGGUAUAAGGAGGGAAAGUGCCAUUGAUGCUUCUAUCAACAACAACUCUCAUCAGGUAUAAGGCUUUUUUGUUCAUGCCCAAAUUUAUAAAAAAAAAAGAACAACAAUAACUAAGUCAUAAACUCAUUAUUGAAACUGAGACUUGAUUUAACAUUAAUGUAUAUGCAUUAUGAAAAAAUGGACUCGUUCUGUGAAAUCAGGGCUUAAUGCAUGUGCGUUACGUUGUGUUCCAGUUAAGCCCGUUCAGUCUGUGCAGGCUUAUCAGGGAUAACGCUUUGCGACAAGACUGGAUUUUUGUUUAAAAGAGACAUCAUCCUUUAAACAAAAAAACUCUGUAAAAGGGGAAAGACUGGUCCCUGAAUAGCCUGUGCAGACUGUACAGGCUAAUCUGGGAUGACACUUUACACACAUGCAUUAAGCCCAGUGUUUCCAGAAGUGGCUUAAAUAAAGAACACAGUAAGAGUAUUGCCAGCAUUCCAUGUCACAAUCUGCCCUGUUUGUUUUCAUCUGCCAUUGUUUCCUUUGUCAGGACCCUACAUGUGAAAUGUUUCUACAUGUAUUUAUUAGCUAGAAAUCAAAUGGAAGAUGUUGCAUGUUUUCAAUACUCAAGUUUAAAUGGUAGUCAUAGAAUGUAACUAGGAACUAACGCAGGUCACAAUAUUUGUAUUUCAUUUACAAAAUAAAGGUAGAAUUUUCUAGUCAAUUUACAGUUUCAUGUGACAGUUGAGUGUUGGUAUAAAUAUUGUAUAUGUGUAAGUGAUCUAUGCCAUUUCCUGAACAUAACUGUACUGCUUGAAAAGCUAUGAAGAUGUGUGUCUGAUUAUAUAAUGUGCAAGGCGUCAUUAUUUGCUGCCAAGCUAUCGAAGCUAAACAACUAUUCUUUGCCUGUAACUAUAUUAGAUUCUGUGUCAUAUGAAACAUUUUGUGAUGAACUCUUGAAAUGAGCCAUGUUCUGGGAAAACCAGGCUUAAUGCAUGUGUGUAAGUGUCGUCCAUGAUUAGCCUGUGUGUUAAGUGUCGUCCAUGAUUAGCCUGUGUGUAAGUGAUGUCCUUGAUUAGCCUGUGCAGGCUACUAAUAGACAACACUUUACGCCCAGUCUUGAUUUUUGUUCAGACUUCUUAUAAAAACCGACUUCCAUCAAAGCAAAAAGUGUUGUCCCUAAUUAGCAUGUGACGAUUGCUCAGGCAAAUCUGGGACAACAUUUACUCACAUGACAGCCCAGAACAUUUCUCUUAUAUUUUGAAUGUUAAACUGCAUUUUGAGGAACACAUUUUGUUUGAGAUUGCUAAUUGUUAAAAUUGGGCCGUGCUCUGUGAAAAGGGGGUUUAAUGCAUGUGAGUAAAGUGUUUUCCCAGAUUAGCCUGUUGCAGUCAGCACAGGCUUAUCAGGGACGACACUUUCCGCCUUAAUUUGAUUUUUGGUAAGAAGAGUCUUUCUUAAAACGAAAAAUAUAAAAAUGGAAAGUGUUGUCCCUGAUUAUCCUGUGUGGACUGUACAGGCUAAUCUGGGUCGACACUUAGCGCACAUGCAUUAAACCCCUUUUCACAGAGCGCGGCAUCAUGUGGCAUCAUAUCCUAUUUAAUGCAAACAUAUCAGUGUAGUUAUUAUGAAAAAUAUUCAACAAAUUUCUUGGAAUACAAUUCAAAACAGAAUAUACGGUUUAAGUAUCGGAAUGAAAGCUUUUUGCUUCAUAACUUAAACUGGAUGUUUGAUUCAAAGUACAUCAUCAUAUCAAUGUCCACUUCAUACAACUAUUCAUGAAACACCUUUGGAUAAUGACCUGAAUUGAGCAAUGUUAGUUUUUUAUUACCAAUUAUACUGCCUUUUCGUAGUCCAUCUGCAACUGUUUUUAAUCUCGAAAAACUCGAAAUCCUAUUGUACACAUUCACAUAAAAUGUGCACUAUAAUUGUGAAUAUGUUCAUUCUUAUCCAAAAAAUGGUAUGUUGUAUGAAGGUAUUUAAAUGAAGAGGGGUUUAAACUCUCGGUUUCAUUUAAUUGCCUUAUUUUUUCUUAGAAAAAAAUCUGUAUUUAGAAGAGAAUUUUGAGAAGUUAUAAAACAGCUCUCCUACUUUAAGUGGAUUAAUUGUUCUGGAUUCUUAUAGAGCAUUUAUUUCUCAUUCUCAGUUAAACAUUAUCUGUUCUAUAUUUUAUAAUACCUAUGUUUGUCUAUUUCUGUGUUCUUUUGUAUGUUUAUGCUGUACUUAAAGCCUUUUUAUAAAUUAAGUAUUUAAUAAUAUCUUUGCAUUCCAUGUGAAAUUGUUUCAUUUUGUUUGGUUCUUAAAACAUGAAUAUAUUACUGCUUUAAGGUAAGAAAUGUUUGAAUGAAAACUAUGUUAUAACUUAUUUAUUAUUCAAUCUUGCUGUUUAAUACCGUACUUGUCUGCACUACUAGAGACAAAACCAUGUGUCAGGCAUUUAAAAUCUCUUUUCAUUCUGUAUUGAAAACAAAAACAAAUCUGCAUGAUUUUGUAGUUUUUUCAUUUUUUUAAUCAAGGGAGAUAAUCAAAUCAAAAUAUCUUAUAAUUAUUAAGACUGUUUGUUGCCUUUAUAAACUUUGAAUUAUUGACAACCGUUCAAGAACUCUUUGUCGAUUUUAAACAUCCACAGCAGUAGUUGACUUAGUUUCAAGGACUCUUUUUACCAUAUAACAGUUUAAUAAUUCUAGGUGGACACAUUAAAAACAUAAUACUGGUUGUCUAAAUAAGGCCGAAAUAGGAAUAUUAUGUAAAUAUCAUUUCACAGUAGUGGCCAACUUAAAAUUGUGAAAAUUAAACCUUUUGUAAUGGUAUGUGAUAGAAAAUGUGGCCGCUUUAAAAUAAAGAUGAAACAAAUUUCCUGUUUAUUUCUUAAAUCUUUCUUUUCUGUUAUACUGAUAUUGUUUACUUCCUUUGCUUUAAUUAUAAUUAUUGUCCAGAUGAUUAAAAGUUCACAAAAGAAGUUGUUUUUUUUUUAACUGAUAAGCAAUUACUUGUAAUGAAAUGUAACUAGUUAGGAAUCAGUGUUGAAGUAAGACAAAUCUGUACCAAGGGCUGUCAACUUACUGACAUAGUUUUUGAAACAUGUAUAUAUAGUCUAUUUUUUGUUUUAGAAAAAGUUUGUAAGCAUCAUUUGUGUAAACGUAUCUGUUAUUGUUAUACAUUAUUCAGUCGAUAUCUAUUCAUUUGAUGUGUAUAAUAUGCAGUUAUUUCGUAAACUUAGAUGUUAUGUUUAAUGAAAAAAGUGUUAAAAUACAUUUGUUGAAGACA